AUGAAGUUAUCCAACGCCCUCACCAGCGGUGCCCUAGUUGUACAAGCUGCCACCGCCGCCGCCGCCGCCGCCGCAACCACCUCCGGCGACCUAACAAUCCUCUCCAUGAACGUAGCCGGCCUCCCAGCAAUACUCAACCCGAAUGAUGUUGCAGGAGGCAAGAAGGCUGCCGCAAAGACGAUCGGAAGCAAGUUUGCGGAGUAUGGGUAUGAUGUUAUUCAUGUGCAGGAGGACUUCAACUACCACGCUCACCUUUACUCAACAGACACCCACCCCUUCCGCACCCCAACCUCAGGCGGCGUCCCCUUCGGCUCGGGCCUCAACACUUUAUCCACCCUCCCCUGGCUCUCCGGCUCUUUCCUCCGUCAAAAAUGGGAUAAAUCCUCGUGCGCUUCCGAAUUCGAUUGUUUGACUCCGAAGGGGUUCACGUUCAUGCGCAUCGCUUUGUCCCCUUCUUCCUCCUCUUCCCCUUCCUCUGAUGCCUCCGAUGCCCCCGAUGGGAAAGAAAGUGAGGUGUAUGUCGAUUUCUACAACCUGCACACAGACGCCGGCACCCAACCCUUGGACCUAAAAGCGCGCAACGACAACCUCCGCCAGAUCACGGAGUGGAUCAACCACAAAAGUAAAGGAAACGCCGUGUUAGUGUACGGUGAUGUCAACUCCCGCUACUCACGGGCGGGAGACACGGGUAUUCGGUCCUUACUAGCAUCCGAAAAUCCUACCGGUCCUGCGGGCUUGACAGAUGUCUGGAUCGAAAUCCAUCGUAACAGCAUCCUCCCGUCCGACGCUACGGUAUGCGGCAACCCAGCUGAAACAGCGACUUGCGAAAUCGUCGACAAGGUUCUUUAUCGGUCUUCGCCGUUGGUCAAACUGCAGCCGACAGCGUUUGAGUAUGCUGCUCCAAAAUUCUUGAGUGCAGAGGGAGGGGUACUGUCAGAUCAUAACCCCGUCUUAGUAAACCUUACUUGGUCUGCUGGUCAAAAAUUGAGACAGUCGGGGUUCUGGGGAGGCGCGAGUUAUGGGACUUGGUUCAACGACGCUACUAUCCUCGAUGAGACGCCCGAGCCUGUCAAGGCCAAAAAGAUUACCUUCCGCGGUGGUAGUCGGCUGGAUGCCGUUUCUCUCACCAUCUCUCACUCUGAUGGAAAGGGAACUACGGAGCUCGUUCAUGGCGGACGCGGCGGGACUGAAUCUUCUCUUGUCUUGGGAGAGGGAGAGCACUGGGUCAAGUCCGAGCUGUGCCAGGGGAAGAAGGGUGAUAAGACACGCAACUUUUACAUUCAAGCUACUACUAGCAAGGGCAGAACGCUGGAGGCUGGCACGAGGACGAGCGACUGCAAGGUGUUUGUGUCCGAGGAGGGGUGGCAGGUUGUGGGCUUUUUGGGAGAGAGUGGGGAUGAGGUUGAUUUGCUUGGUUUUAUCUAUGGGAAGAUUUAG